AUGGCAGCCAAGGGUGGACGAUCCCUCGAAGAAACGCCGACGUGGGCUGUAGCUGUUGUAUGCUUUGUGCUUGUAGCAAUUUCAAUCAUCAUUGAAUAUAUCAUUCACCUAAUUGAAAAGUGGUUGACAAAGAGAAACAAGAAAGCUCUACAUGAGGCACUUGAAAAGGUUAAAUCAGAGCUGAUGCUACUAGGCUUCAUAUCUUUACUGCUGACAGUAGGACAAGGGCCUAUAUCAAAGAUUUGUGUAUCAAAGGCCAUAGGAAAUUCUUGGCAUCCAUGUGACAAGAAACAGGAGGAGAGCAAAUACAAAGAGGAUACCAAGUAUGAUGGCCGAAGAAGGCUUCUUGCUAUUCUGGAUUCUGGUGAUACUCAUGGACGAGUUCUAGCUGCCGCGGGAUAUGACAAAUGUGCUGACAAGGGACAAGUUCCAUUGGUCUCCUCUGAUGGCAUCCACCAAUUGCACAUUUUCAUCUUUGUAUUAGCUGUUUUUCAUAUCCUAGCCUGUCUAAUCACUUUGGCUUUGGGCAGGGCCAAGAUGAGGAAAUGGAAGGCAUGGGAAAUGGAAACCAGGACAGCUGAGUAUCAAUAUAGCCAUGAUCCAGAGAGAUUCAGAUUUACAAGGGAUACCUCAUUUGGAAGAAGACAUUUGAGCUCCUGGAAUCAAUCUCCCAUCCUUCUUUCAGUGGUAUGUUUCUUUCGACAAUUUAUCAGAUCCGUUCUAAAAGUGGAUUACUUAACUUUACGUCAUGGCUUUAUCAAUGCACAUUUAGCACCAAAUAGUCAAGCAAACUUCAAUUUCCAGAAGUACAUUAAAAGGUCGCUUGAAGAUGAUUUCAAAGUUGUUGUGGGUAUCAGUCCACCAAUCUGGUUCUUUGCAGUGUUGUUCCUUCUGUUUAACACCCAUGGCUGGCAUUCCUACCUGUGGCUACCCUUUAUCCCACUGAUUAUACUUUUGUUAGUAGGAACAAAACUUCAGUUUAUAAUCACCAAGAUGGGUUUAAGGAUUCAAGAAAGAGGUGAGGUGGUGAAGGGUAUCCCAGUAGUUCAACCAGGCGAUGACCUCUUCUGGUUCAACCGCCCCCGAGUCUUACUUUACCUCAUCCAAUUUGUUCUUUUUCAGAAUGCAUUUCAGCUAGCUUUCUUUGCUUGGGCUUGGUACGAAUUUGGAAUGCGAUCUUGCUUCCACAACAGAACAGAAGAUCUGGUAAUCCGGAUAUCAAUGGGGGUACUGGUACAAAUACUCUGCAGUUAUGUUAUUCUUCCCCUGUACGCGUUAGUAACACAGAUGGGAUCAAACAUGAAGCCAACAAUAUUCAAUGACAAAGUGGUCAAUGCGCUACGUACCUGGCACCAGACUGCAAGGAAGCAGCUAAAGCGAAAUCAGAGCCCAGGAUCUAUUACACCAUUGUCAAGUAGGCCAGGCACUCCACUUCAUGCAUCCUCCCCUGUUCAUCUGUUGCGUUACUACAAAAGCGAUCUUGACAGUGCGAAUGCCACUCCAAGUUAUAGAACCAAUCAACCAUGGAAAGUAGAAGGAUCCGUCUCAAGUCCACAUUAUCAAGAGGAUGUACAAUGGUCUAACCGUGGUAGAACUCGUGAACUGGCGGAAGAAGAGAAAGAGACUCAAGAGUCAAAUUCGCACCGUACAGGCCCCCAAGCUCAUUCGUUGCAUCUCAAUAUUGAUGUCAUCCAAUUGCCAGAUUUUUCCUUUGAUAGAAACUCAAGUGUUUAA